GUUAAAAAUGGCACACGCCCAUAGGUCGGUCUAGUCCUCCAUUCCUUCCCCUGCAAAAACAAUCCCCAAUCAAUCAUCAAUUUCCCCCAUUCCUCAUCAUUUAUUAGUUACAUCAUCAUUUUGUAUGUAUCUAUAACUCUGUAUCUAUAAUUCUAUCAUCAUCAUGUAUAUAAAAGGCGGCCCUCAUUCUUCAGCUCUCCUUCGUAGAGCUUCACGUUCAUCAUCCUCCUCCGCCACCGCCGCCGCGACAUCUAGGUUUCAUUCUUCAUCUUCUAAACCGUCACCGUCACCGUGUAAUCCGUCUUCCGUCUUCCGAUCGGUUAAUUCAACUUUCCGAUCAUCUAUUCCGCGGUGGAGUCACGGCGUUGAUUGGAAGUCUCCGGCGACUCUCACUUCUCAGAUCAGAACCGCUGCGUCGCCUGUUCUCGAUCGGUUUCACCGCAGUUUAUCUACUAUGGCCUCUCAGAGUGCUUUCAAUGGAAUUUUAACUGGUCUUCCCAAGCCUGGUGGUGGGGAAUUCGGAAAGUUCUAUAGUUUGCCAGCUCUGAAUGAUCCAAGGAUUGACAAACUGCCAUAUUCCAUAAGGAUUCUUCUCGAAUCAGCGAUACGUAAUUGUGAUAACUUCCAAGUUACUAAGGAAGAUGUCGAGAAGAUUAUCGAUUGGGAGAAGACUUCCCCAAAUCAAGUCGAGAUUCCAUUUAAGCCAGCCCGUGUUCUCUUGCAGGAUUUUACUGGUGUACCAGCCGUUGUUGACCUUGCAUGUAUGCGUGAUGCCAUGAAUAAUCUAGGUGGUGACUCUAACAAGAUCAAUCCUUUGGUGCCAGUGGAUCUUGUCAUUGAUCAUUCGGUGCAAGUUGAUGUUGCUAGGUCAGAAAAUGCUGUACAAGCAAACAUGGAACUUGAAUUUCAAAGAAACAAAGAGAGAUUUGCUUUCCUUAAAUGGGGAUCAAAAGCGUUUCACAACAUGCUUGUUGUUCCACCAGGAUCUGGUAUCGUGCAUCAGGUUAAUCUCGAAUACCUGGGUCGGGUUGUUUUCAACACUGAUGGAGUGCUCUAUCCCGAUAGUGUUGUUGGAACUGAUUCCCACACCACUAUGAUUGAUGGACUAGGCGUUGCUGGUUGGGGCGUUGGAGGAAUUGAAGCCGAGGCAGCAAUGCUUGGCCAGCCAAUGAGCAUGGUUUUGCCCGGGGUUGUUGGCUUCAAGUUGGCUGGAAAGCUGCGUGAUGGUGUAACGGCUACUGAUUUGGUCUUGACUGUUACCCAAAUGUUGAGGAAGCAUGGUGUCGUUGGAAAGUUUGUUGAAUUCCAUGGUGACGGUGUGGGUAAAAUAUCUCUAGCUGACAGGGCCACCAUUGCCAACAUGUCUCCUGAGUAUGGUGCAACAAUGGGGUUCUUUCCAGUGGAUCAUGUCACUCUACAGUAUCUCCGAUUAACUGGACGAAGUGACGAUACCGUGGCGAUGAUAGAAGCAUAUUUGAGGGCGAACAACAUGUUUGUUGACUACAAUGAGCCUCAAGUAGAGAGAGUAUACUCAUCCUACCUAGAGUUAAACCUUGAAGAUGUAGAACCUUGUAUAUCAGGGCCAAAGAGACCUCAUGACCGUGUUCCUUUGAAAGACAUGAAGGCAGAUUGGCAUUCUUGCCUUGACAACAAAGUGGGAUUCAAGGGUUUUGCUGUACCAAAAGAGACCCAGGACAAGGUUGCAAAGUUUUCGUUUCACGGAGAACCAGCAGAGCUCAGGCAUGGAAGUGUUGUGAUUGCUGCUAUCACUAGCUGCACAAAUACAUCAAAUCCCAGUGUCAUGCUUGGGGCAGGUCUUGUUGCAAAAAAGGCCUGUGAAUUGGGCCUAAAGGUCAAACCAUGGAUCAAAACAAGUCUUGCUCCAGGAUCUGGAGUAGUUACAAAAUAUUUGCUCGAAAGCGGGUUACAGAAGUAUUUGAAUGAGCAAGGGUUUAACAUUGUUGGCUAUGGUUGCACAACAUGCAUUGGUAAUUCGGGGGAUCUGGAUGAAACAGUGGGUGCUGCAAUAACUGAAAAUGAUAUUAUUGCAUCUGCUGUUCUCUCUGGGAAUCGUAACUUUGAGGGUCGUGUUCAUGCUUUGACAAGAGCAAACUACCUUGCCUCACCUCCUUUAGUUGUUGCCUAUGCCCUGGCAGGCACGGUUGAUAUUGAUUUUGAGAAAGAACCAAUUGGAGUUGGAAAGGACGGGAAGGAUGUUUUUUUCAGAGAUAUCUGGCCAAGCACCCAAGAAGUUGCAGAUGCCGUUCAAUCUAGUGUUUUGCCCGAGAUGUUUAAGAGCACGUACCAAGCUAUCACCCAGGGAAAUCCCAUGUGGAAUGACCUAUCAGUUGAGGAAUCCAAGCUAUACUCAUGGGACACAAAAUCUACUUACAUUCACGAGCCACCAUAUUUCAAGAACAUGACAAUGGACCCCCCGGGUGCUCAUGGUGUUAAGGACGCAUAUUGUUUACUUAACUUCGGUGACAGUAUUACGACAGAUCACAUUUCACCUGCAGGAAGCAUUCACAAAGACAGCCCAGCUGCAAAGUUCCUUUCUGAGAACGGGGUUGCUCGCAAGGACUUCAAUUCUUAUGGAAGUCGGAGAGGUAAUGAUGAAAUUAUGGCAAGGGGGACUUUCGCCAAUAUACGCAUUGUUAACAAGCUUUUAAAUGGAGAAGUUGGUCCAAAAACAGUGCACAUUCCUACUGGAGAAAAACUUUCUGUGUUUGAUGCAGCAUCGAGAUACAAGGCUGCUGGUCAGGAUACCAUCGUUUUGGCUGGAGCAGAGUAUGGUAGUGGAAGCUCUAGAGAUUGGGCUGCUAAGGGCCCUAUGUUGUUGGGAGUUAAAGCAGUUAUUGCUAAAAGCUUUGAGAGGAUUCACCGCAGUAACCUGGUGGGAAUGGGGAUCAUUCCACUUUGUUUCAAGGCUGGUGAGGAUGCAGACACAUUACAGUUGACUGGUCAUGAACGAUACAACAUUGACCUACCAAGCAAUAUUAGUGAGAUCCGCCCUGGACAAGACGUCACUGUGACUACUGACACUGGAAAGUCCUUCACAUGCACUGCUCGCUUUGACACAGAGGUGGAAUUGGCGUAUUUUAACCAUGGUGGCAUUCUUCCAUAUGUUAUUCGACAAUUGACUACUCAAAAGUGAUGUAGAUCAAUAGCAUUGUCUUGGAUUUCAAUUUCAGCUGUUUAAUUUGAGCAAAGCGGAAAUAAAGAGUUCUCCACGACAGGUAGACAAGAAAACAUAAUUUUUACAGUACUCGGUAUUCAACAGGCUUCUUGGAAUAACAUAUCACCCUCUGUGGCUGAUUCUUUUAUUUACUAUCAUUCCCAUUGUUUUCAAAUUCAUGUGGCUAUUGAAUAGCCUUUCAAAGUCAUGUAUCCAAACUCCUAACUGAUGCCAAGAAAGUUAUGUAUAUUCCUCUCAAAUGGUCAUGUGGUUGUUUUGUUGUGUUUUUUUUUUCUUGUUACUAAACACUUGUAGAGGUGGAAUUGGUCGCUUUGGGGAGGAUGUCAACAUGGCUUGGUUUGACAAGCCAUCUUUUAGUUGGGGUUAAAAUUUGCCUGUGUUUACCGUAA